AUGCAAAUGCACAGCACAUGUGUUUGGGUUCCGCGCGGGCACUUGAGUAACUAUCCUAAGGGAAUAGCCGAGGAUGAUAUUGAUGAUAAGUCCGCUUCUAAUAAGCCAGCGAAACGAGUAUUAACAGGGGAUUACAUUACAGACAAAUAUAAUAUGGCAGAUUAUGAUAAUGAAGGUAACGAUGACGACUUUAGACGAGAAUUUAGUGACGACUACGACAAAAAUAUGGCUGAAGAUGACGACGAGUCUUCAUUAGAAGAACUUUUAGUUGCGGACUCCGACUCCAUUUUACUGACUGGCGUGUUCAACACCGUUGAGAGUGAGUUUGGGUUGAAUGUGAUGAUCAUGGAGAAGUCGCUUGACAACAGUUUUGUCCACGACGAUGUGAUGCUUCCACAAAUUCCGAUCACUACGGAGUAUUUAGACUUCAUAGGAAGUCCACUUCAAGGGGCGCAGAAUAUAGUAGCUGUGUCAUGUAUAGGGGAUCAACUCGAGUUAUGGGACUUGGACUGUACUGAUCAUGUCGAUCCACUUGUUUCAUUUAGUGGAGACAUUAUCACUACUAAUGGCGAGAGAAAUGAAGUGAGUUUUGAUGAGACAAAGAGUAUCAUGUCUGUUGGGUGGAACUCCCUUCAGAAGAACAUUUUGGCCACGGGAAGCUCAGACCACAAAAUCCGAUUUUGGGACUUGGCGACUUCGAAGCUUGAGAUGACAUUGAACCACUUGACUGGGAAAGCGCAGGUGUGUAGUUGGUGUCCGACAAAUAUCGGGAUGUUAGCGACGGGGUGUUUCUCUGAAGAUGAGAAUAAAGCUUCGAUCACUGUAUUAGAUGCAAUGAAUAAGACGACUGUUGGGUCGUAUUUCGUUGAAAAUGAUAUGAACGACUUUAAGUGGAAUAAUGACGGGGUCAUCUUCUUGACAACUUUCGAGAAUGGAACAGUCGAAUUGAGAGAUGUGCGAAAAUUGGCAAAUCCAGUCUGGAGUUUCUCGGCACAUACCAAAGCGUGCACUACAGUCUCUAUAUACACAAAUGGCGUAUUUGCAACAGGAGGAGAAGACGGCUAUUUAAGAACUUGGGACGGCAAAUCUAAUAUGCCGUUUGUUCUUGAACAGAAGAAAUUAAAUGGAGACGUGUUGUGUUCGGCGUACUGCCCAGAUACUUCAAGUUUGAUUGCAGUGGGCGGGGAGUUCGGAUUAAAGUUCCUCAGAACAGCAAACUAA